AUGACACAUUUUGAAGUUUUCUCGCCAGGAGAAAUGUCAUUCAGUUCUGUGAUCUUGGAUUACAGGAGCCUGCCCUUUCAGGAACGUUUCUGGGGAGAAUCUGCAAGACAUUCCUGUUCCAUUAUAACUGGCAACAAUGUACCAUUGCCCAACGUACAUUUAAGUCCACACGGAAAAGUUACCUGGUUUUCAACUCCAAAGGAUUUUACGCUCUUGAAUACCUGUCGAAGGAUGGGAAAAGCCGGGCAUGAAGAUUUAGUUUACUUGCGACUCACUCACGUUGCCUAUUACCAAGGUGACGGCGUUAGGAUAUACCAUAUUGGACCUGUCGCACUCAAAGAAUGGGUUGAGGUCACAAGCCCUGGAGAUUCCGGUAUCUGCUCAUUCUGGCGUUGCUUCAGAUGGUCUAAGCCGAAGUCUCACAAUGAGUUAUCCCAAGCCGUCAAGCGUAUAUUGAGGAUUUGGCAAUGCAUGAAAGAAAGGCUUUCGGGAACAUCGUAUAUGAGCUUAGUAUAUACUAAGCCACAACUUCUCGCGAUAUGA